AUGUCCCCAGGCAAGGAUGUGGUGGGCUUGGCCGAGACGGGCUCGGGCAAGACGGGCGCCUUCGCGCUGCCGAUCUUGCAGCGGCUGCUGGAGGCGCCGCAGCGAUUGUUCGCGCUCGUGCUGACGCCACCAGGGAGCUGGCGCGCUUCGAUCGGCGUCAAGUGCUGCGUCAUCGUGGGCGGCAUGGACAUGAUGGCGCAGAGCCUGAUGCUGGCCAAGAAGCCGCACGUCGUCAUCGCCACGCCCGGUCGACUGGUGAUGGACGAAGCGGACAGGAUCCUCAACAUGGACUUCGGCGUGGAAGUGGAUAAGAUCGUGAAGGCAAUCCCUCGCGAGCGGCAGACCUUCCUCUUCUCCGCCACCAUGACCAAGAAGGUGUGCUCCUAUUUGGUCAAGAAGCUGCAGCGCGCGGCCCUGCGCGACGCCGUUAAGGUCGAGGUCUCCAGCAAGUACCAGACGGUGGACAAGCUCCAGCAGUACUAUCUCUUCAUCCCAGCCAAGUACAAGGACGUGUACCUGGUGCACAUCCUGAACGAGCUGGCCGGCAACUCGUUCAUGGUGUUCUGCGGCACGUGCAACAACACGUUGCGUCUCUCGCUCCUGCUGAACGCGCUCGGCCUGCCGGCGAUCCCGCUGCACGGCCAGAUGACCAUGAACAACGGCUGGGCGCGCUCACAAGUUCAAAUCGAAGAACAAGCAUCCUACUGGCUACGGAUGUGGCGAGCAGGGGCUGGACAUCGAGCACGUGGACGUGGUGGUCACUUCGACAUCCCGACGCACAGCAAGGACUACAUCCACCGGUGUGGGCGGACGGCGCGCGCCGGCCGCGCUGGCCGCUCCGUCACGUUCGUCACCCAGUACGACGUGGAGCUGUACCAGCGCAUCGAACACCUCAUCGGCAAAAAGCUGCCGCAGUACGCGGCGGCCGAGGACGAGGUCAUGAUGCUCCAGGAGCGGGUCAUGGAGGCUGACCGGCUCGCCAAACAGGAGCUGAGGUCGCUGGGCGACAAGGAGACGGGCCGCAAGCGGAAGCGGCGGCGGCUGGACUCGUGCUCGCAGCCGUAG